UACAGCUUCCCGGGCUGACGCCUCCAGGGGCAGCAAACCAUAAUUUUCAAUUUGAAUCUGAUUAAUUACUAUAAAAACAAAAUACCUUCGUAAAAAGUGAAUAUUUAUCAAUGUAAAUGUCUUAUUUACAGUAUUAUUGAGUGUUGUGUAAAUGCUAUUUGCGCUUUGAGUGAAAUUCGAGACAAAGCAACAGGUAAUAUACCUAGCUGUACCUAGCGUUUACCUUGUACAAUAAAAAGAACACGUUACAAUACGUUUGGAAAAAUGUACAAGAGGAGAACAUUCGUGCUACGUUGCAUAAUAAGUAACUCCAAAUACGUCAUACAUUUGCCUAUUUUGGCACUUUUCACAUUCAUAUUACGUACUUUAACGGGACAGGAGCAAGAACAUGAAAUGUCCUGCCCCUUUGUAAAUAGCAAUAGCACUUUACCCGUAUUAGAAAGAAGUUCUAAUCUACCCUCGCGGUCCAUUUUUAUGUACGCGACCUCUUGCCCUGGAAAUUUGACUGCAAGACAGCACUGCUCUAUAGAAUCUGCCGCUAUAACGCACCCUGAGUGGCAAAUCAACGUUGUAUUUACCAGCCCAACUGUACCUUCGGAAAAUUUGACUCACGAGAACUUUAAUAAUGUAAAAUUUUGGAGCAUUAAUAUCAAAGAAUUCUGUAAGGGGACACCUUUGGGGGAUUUAAUAAUUGAUGUCUUGCCAAAAUGUAGUCGUAAUCGUGUUUCAAUAAGUCUGGAUGUGUUGAAAUAUUUAACGCUGGCUCAAUGGGGUGGGAUAUACUUGGACAUAGAUAUGGUGGUUGCACAGCCUUUGCGAUCUUUGGCAAGGAAUUGGGCGACCAGAGAGAGCGAUGAUACAGUUGGGGAAGGUGUCUUGGCUUUUUCCAGGGACGCUGUUGGAAGAAAAUUAUCUGGAAUCGCUGUCAAUGAAAUGCAAUCGAUUUUAUGUAGAGGUGACUGCAUUCAUACAUGGCAACCGACGGUCAUGACCAAAGUUCUGAAAAAAGUUUGUUCGACCCCAGACACCUUGUACAUGUCCUCUGCUACGUGUAAUGGCUUUGAAAUAUAUGGUCCAGAGUUUUUCCACCCCAUACCAGAAGUCCGGGCCAUUGAAUAUUUCGUCCCAGGAGAAUUAUGGACUACAAACGCAUAUGCUUACAAUUUGUGGGACCACAGUACCAAGGACUACAAAGUUAUGAGAAGUUCUCCACUAACCAAACUAGCGAAAAGAUUCUGCCCUUUGACUUUUAAAAUGUAUUCUGAUCAAUUCGGGUUCUAAUGUAAGCAAAUAUAUCAAACACAUUGUAUGUAAUUUCAAAAGUUAUUUAAUCUAAAAAAUGCAAUAGUAAACAG